ACAGUAUAGUUCUAUUUGUGCAUUUAUGAGCAUGUUUGGCACACAAAAGUUAAUAGCUUGCUUCUAGCUUCUCUAUUAUUUAAAAAGAUCUUAAAAGACUGCAAUUGUGUGUUUGGCCCAAUAGCUUUUUUGAGAAGUCUAGGUCUUUUAUGAGAUGCUACCAAAGGUAGCGUUGGAGAGAAAAGAUCUUUUCCAAAAAAUCCGAUUCUCUCGCAUAACCCUGCGCACGUUUACUUCUUGCAUAACCCUGGCCGCGCACAGUCCCUUCUUCCUCUUCAACGGCAUUUUUUUUCUUGUUUCCAUUGUUCUUCAAAGAAAUCUCCAGAGUAUAAAUACGAUUCAAGGUAUACUUGGAAACAACAAACUGUGUAGCAGAGCUGGUAUGCCUCCCGUGAUUCCUCACUCCUAGUGCCCGGUUCAAAUCCCCUUGCUGUCUGGAAGAGUUAUAAAUUUUUUGGGUCACAACCAGAAGAAGCUCCCUCAUAACAACAAGGCCCGUCCAUCUAUGAUGAGUUAGAGAAAAUUGUUCUAGAUAAAAGAUGGAACGGGGAACGGACAGAAUGGGAUGAUAUCCGACAAGAGGUCGAUCAGUACGAAAUGCAACGAGGAUGGGAUCUCAAAGAGUUGCGGCAAAGAUGCGCUGAGGAUCUCAUCGGACUCGAAUAAGGAGAACUCAUGGAAGAGGAGGACUACAAGAAACCACCAGAAAAGCUACCCACGAUUGUUCGGAUGACAGUCACUCUACCUCCUACUGGAGAGAAACUGUGGGAGAACAUCAAUAUCACUGCCCCCCUUCUAGGAAGAAAUAAGGAAGCACAUAUGGAGUAAACAAGACAAGAACAAAGAGCUGGAUGAACUGAAAGUCUGAGGCCUCACCCGUCUGAAAGGCUGACAUAGAGGCGGACAUCUCCAUAUGUUGCACCAUAGAUCAUCAGGAAAAUAGAUGGAAGCCCUGAAGCACGACAUAACAACAAGCACACACCCAAUAUGAGACAUUCUGGAAGUGCAUAUGGGUGACCAUCACAGAAUAAAGUACUCCAUCUUCAGACUACAAAGAACAGACGACACAGAGUUCACAUGCCACGAGAAUGACUUUUUUUUUUGCUGAAGAUGGACGACAUUUAUCAAAUGCCAAUGGUCUACGGAAAUAAAUCAAUCACGAAGAAUAAAGUCCUCAAAGAAGGAUAUGAAGCAAUAAGACGCUUUAUGCUGAGGCAAGUCAGAGUUCACGUCACUCAUGAUCUGCAGAUGGCCCUCGAAAACAACAUCAGAAAGGCAAAUCUCACUAAGCCUUUGCUAUAUGGACUUGAGCUAGAAGAUUAUCCACCAUACUUCAUUUUUGAUGACCCAGUCACAGUAAUCUAUCUCAAUCAUGAAAGGUUGUGGAUUUCUCAUCGGUGUAAUCGAUCCGGUGAGUUUUCGUUGUUCAUGAUUGGAAAAGCUUUUCCAACCUUGUUAUUCUGUAGGUUCAAUUAUUCAACCUCCACCGGAACCACCACCCUCGCUCCGGGAAAAAGAAAAAGCUCAGCUGGAUCUCCUUUUCAGUGCCUGGUCAAACCGAUGAUUCAGACAAUUUUGACUCGGUAGAGUUUCCUUUGUUGAUUUCUGGUCAAAUUAUUUCUCUCUUUCCGGUGGCUGGUGAAGCCGAAUCUUUGAUUUGUAUUUUUUUUAUUUUUUUUAUUUGGAGUAGCAAGUGCAGCAAAACUGUUAAACUAAAUUACAUUAUUGUAGGGUUAGUAUUGUAGGGUUAGUGAUCUGAAAGGAUUCAUAUGAUCUUUUCCGUUUAUCCGUUCAAAACCUCAUCCCAUUGUAGCCUUAAGC